UUACAGAAAUACCACUCUCUACCGCACUCGUACCGGGCCUGCUGCUUCUCGUACCGUCAGUCUAAUGCAGUGAAGUGUGCUUGCUGCAUGGUGCUUUUCUUCUAACGCAGUUCCACACGUGCUGAGUGAGUGUUUUGGAUAUAUGCAUCCGGUACCAGAGGUGGGACUUAAUCGCUGUGAAGAGGAUCCUCGUGUUUGGGUGUAGUGUAAUGUGACGGGACUCUAGUGGUUGUUUAAAUCUAGACCAAUGGUUGUGAAAAACUUUUGUGAUGAACGAUGCCGUCCUACAUGUACGUUCAGACAUGUGUGUGGGUUCUGAUCGGAUUUUUUUGCACCGGGGCAUCGGUGCCGUGGCUCAGCCCGUCCCUGGAGGUGCUGGACGAGCUCAACGAUGCUGAAAUUUACAAAUCCGUGGUCACAUCCAUCAACGAGUGGCAGAAGAGACAGGAACUGAAGAAAAUUCAUGGCAGAAUCAAACGCGAGGAUUCGUCGGUCUGCUACGGCGACCUGGGAUGUUUCGAGGCGUCCGGCCCUUUCGGUUAUUUGGACAUGCUGCCAAGUAAACCGGAGGAGAUCGACACGAAAUUUCUGCUAUAUCCCAGUCACAGUAGAAGACGCAGCGGCUCUAGCCCAGCCGAAGUGCCUUUCACGUCCAUCAAAGAAGCUUUUGAAUGGGCUAAGCAAGGGUUUAACAAGAGCCUGCCCACCAAAGUCCUGAUACACGGAUUCGGGAGCGAUUGUAGCCAUAUUUGGAUAUACGAGAUGAGGAGCGCUUUAAUGGCGGUGGAGGAGCUUAACAUUAUUUGCGUCGAUUGGGAGAAAGGGGCAAUACUUCCUAAUUACGUUAAAGCCGCCGCAAACACUAGACUAGUCGGGAAGCAGCUCGCGAUGCUCCUUAAGGGAUUGGUAGAUAAUAACGGCUUGUCAUUAAGAACCACUCAUUUAGUGGGAUUCAGUUUGGGCGCACAUGUGUCUGGCUUCGCGGGCGCCGAAUUGGGAAAUUUAAGCAGGAUCACGGGCCUGGAUCCCGCAGGACCGCUUUUUGAGUCACAGGACCCCAGGGCCAGGCUCGACCAGAGCGACGCCGCCUUCGUCGACGUCAUACACAGCAACGGGGAGAACCUGAUUCUGGGCGGGUUGGGCUCCUACCAGCCCAUGGGACACGUGGACUUCUACCCCAACGGCGGCAGGAUGCAGAAAGGCUGCAGCAACUUGUUCGUGGGGGCCGUCAGCGAUAUCAUCUGGUCGUCUGCCGUCGAGGGACGAUCGCUUUGUAACCAUAGACGAGCCUAUAAGUUCUUUACCGACUCAGUUUCUCCUCGAUGUCAUUUUCCGGCAUUCCCCUGUGAAUCGUACGAAGAUUUCCUUUCGGGAAAGUGCUUUCCAUGCACCGAUGAAAGGAGCUGCGGCAAUAUGGGCUAUUACGCCGAUAGGUCCAAGGGAAGGGGACAGUUAUAUUUAAUCACGAGAGACGAGGAACCCUUCUGUGCUCAUCAGUAUAACGUCAAGAUUGAAACUUCGCCCAGCGCCGUACCUAUAGUUUCCUAUGGCAAGAUUCAAAUCACUUUGAUCGGGGAUUCCACCUUCAACGAAACUUUCAUGAUGACGAGAAAAGAAGACGAAGAAAUGAAGCUCGGAGAGUCCAUAUCUCGGAUUUUGGUACCUCACCCAAUUUUAUCAGAACCCACUAGCAUAGAAAUCCUGUAUACCGCCUACAGCGGCUGGUUGUCGUCCGGUUUGACCCAAUGGAGGAUGGACAAAGUCACAAUCAGUGACAGCUUCGGCAAAACAUCUUCCAUCUGCAAGAAGAAUCUAAUCCUGGACUCGGGGAUUCCAGUGACUCUUCCGCUCUACCCAGGCGAAUGCAACCUCCCCGGAACCUUCCCCAAAAAAGCCCAGGAUCGCGUUCACGACCCCAACCCCUUGAACCUCCCCCUGAACCUCACCACAAAAGUGAAAAACUUCAUCCCAACCCCAGUCGUUCGAAUCGGGCCUGAAGACCUCGACAAAGAGUACGACAAGGAAAAAGUCUCCAAUUCCAUCGACUGGAACGACGAUAACCGAGUUUUCGAUCCCGAAGAAGCGGAAUCCAGUCGGGCCUUCAACACAAAAUCUGUCCAAUCAGACACUUCCAAAACCGGCGUCGUCAAAGAAAUCGUGGAGCCUGUGCUCAAACCCCACUCUAACAAAAUCGGGAGAUCCCACGACCCCGAUAAGGAUAAACCCGAGAUAACCGAACCCAUUCUAGGACCCACGACGGCGCGCAAUUUCGGUGCUUUCAAACUAGAGCCUGCUGUCAAAAACGACUUCAUUUCGCGCCUCGCCAACAACAAUAAAGAGAUUUCGUACAACUUUUACGAGUCGGAGGAUGAUAAUGAGUGGAUUCCGUCGGUGUCGGUUAAACCGAAAGAAACCAAGUGGAAGCGCGAAGACGGCUCGAAGUCGAUCAAGAACGACGACAACCCGUUGAAGAUGAUUGCCAUGACGGUUCAGUUUCUUCCGCAACGGUUGGCACGGAUGUUUGAGCAAGCGGAGAAGUACGCCAGAGAGACGAUUUUACCGUUAGUGAGCACUUACACCCCUAAGUUUAUUGGUGAUAUUAUCACCCCUAAAGAAAAACCGCGGUAUGUGCCUUUGUCGUACGAGGACCCGACGUCGACCACCCCCAAGGUCCAACGCGUGAGUAACGCGAAGAGGAAUCGCGAUAACAAGCAGUUUGAUCCGCCUCCAGUGCUCAAAGCCGAGGCCUCGACGAAGAAGGCGUCCACCACUCCGUAUACGCAUAUUCAGAAAAUUCGGAAGAAGAGUGAUAGGGUUGAGAGUACGACGCAAGAGGUUGAGAGUGCGAGUGGGGUGAGUCGGAAGGCGCGGGAUGACGUGCACGUGAGGAAAAAUAUCUUGGAGAUGAAGCUGGGGGCGGUCAAGGAUGAUGUGGUUGUGACGACUACGAAAAAAUCCAAAGCUGUUUACGUAGAUUUGCCGGUUUUUGACGCUACGCCCAAAGUCAAGUAUAUACCUGUAUCGCUGAAACACUCGACGAGAUAGCGUAAUUAUUUAUUUUUAUUUAAAAUUUGUAAAUAGGUUUUUAUACGACUGUUGUUUAUUGUAAAAAUUUUGUAAAAUAAAUUUUGUGUAAAAAAAAGGGA